AUGGGCUCGAACAGCGCCAUGGAGGACGAGUUGCACCCCGUCAUGGACAUGGAGACUGCCGCUAGUCGGCGGCCACUGGGGGAGAGCAAAGGAUUUCGACGAGACCGACUAGCGUCUAUUAGCUCGUCCGGAUACUCAGAUGCGUCGUCAGUAGGCGAGGCCAUUGGCUCCGCCUUGGAAUUGCCACCUCAUCUUCGAGACCAUUUAGUUAGCGUGACGCACCGUAAUUUACCACCUGUGACCUCACUAGAAGGCGAGCGACUGCCUCCGAUCGACCACAUGCGGCCGCCGCCCAUGCGUAUCCCGCUGCUGCCCGAGAACAUGAAGAUGGAGCCGAUCCCGGGCAUCAACCAGCGCCGCCAGACCAAACGCGUCAUCGUGUGUGGCGCUGGCAUCAUCGGGCUGACGACGUGUUAUUAUCUAGCAAAACAGGGCCACGAAGUGUUGUGCGUGGAAAAGGAAAGAGGCGUGGGAACGCAAGUGAGUUUUUGCAACGGCGCCUUCCUGGACCCAGCCCUAUACGCGAGUUGGUCGGAUGUGGCAAAUCUGCGCAAAGGGAUCAGCUCAGGGCGAAGUCACAGCGCUAGUCGAGCGCCACCCGCUGCGACUACCACAACAUCAGCAGAUGGCAACAGCGUGACUGUCAAUGGAGGGCCAGCCGCAGCGGCUGCAUCCAGUUCGUCCACAGACGUCACAGUUGCUGUGCGUUCUUCACGUGGCAAGUGGCCACUGAGGGAAAAACCCAUGAAAAUCGAGAUGUCCGCGCUGCGAGACACCAAAUUCUGGAAAUGGGGACUGCAAUUCUGGCACAACUCGAAAAAGGGUCGCUCCAAUGAGCACAGUCGCACGAUCCGCGAACUCGGAUUCUACAGCAUGUUGAAACUUCGGGAGUUGCAGGCAAACACCAAAAAGGGAGAAGUUGUCAUGGACCAAACGGCACAAGGCACAAUUGAGAUUUUCAGGGAUCACAGCGAACUGGAAGUCACGUUGGAGAGCGACCGAAGUGCCCAUUUGUCGGAAUUGGGUAUGGACUUGCAGCCGCUCAGCAAGACACAAGCUCGAAAUUUGGAGCCUGCGUUGCGGUCCGAGAUGUACCAACCCGGGGCGAUUUUGUCGGCAUUUGGAACCAGUGGAGACGUGCACAAAAUGUGCCAAUCCCUUUACCGUCUUUGCAUGCGGCAAGGUGUCAUGUUUCGGUUUAACACUGAAGUGCAACACAUUUUGACAGACAAAACGUCAGUCAUUGCGUUGCAGACAAGGAGAGGAUCGCUUAUUGAAGGAGACGAGUUCGUUUUGGCACUUGGCAACUCAACUGCACCAGUGGCAAAGCGAGCAGGCGUGAAACUGGCCAUCUAUCCGGUGAAAGGGUAUGUCCUUUCCGUUCCAGUGGCGGAAGGUUUCCGAGCACCGAUCCACAAUAUUUACGCUGGUGGACAUGUACUGGUUGCACCUUUGGGCAAGUCAAUGUUGCGUAUUUCGGGCGGCGUGGAUUUCGUGAGUCAAAAGAAGACGGGCGAAAUGUCACCACGUGACCAGAAAAAGCGGUACGACUGGCUGUUGGCACAGGCCAAACUCAUGUUCCCGGACGGGUAUCUGGAUGUGGCGAAGAUGCAGCCGCACACUUGUUGGCGUCCAGUGACAGCAGACGAUGUGCCACUUAUCGGACGUACAAAGGUUCGAAACUUGUACGUGAAUGCUGGGCAUGGCUCAAAAGGAUGGACACUGUCGUUUGGUGCAGGGGCACUACUUGCUGAUGAAAUUAGUGGGAAACGACCACAACUUGACAUGAGCAAGUUCGCACCCGAUCGCUUCGGCUUUUUCGGUUGA